AUGAAGUCAUCGGAGAUCGAUCAAGAAUUAUUCACAGAAAGUUACUGCCGGGUAUGCAGUGCGCAGCUAAUAUCGGAAUCGCAGCGUGUGGCUCACUACGAGAGUCGGAAACAUGCCAGCAAAGUUCGGCUUUACUACAUGCUCCACCCGAUCGAUGGAGGAUGUCCUGCAAAGAAGCUUCGGUCAGAAAAUGGUAAUGAUGAAGAGUCUGUGGAUAAGAACAAAUGCUGUACCCUCUGUAACAUGUCGUUUACCUCAGCGGUGGUGGCUGAGUCACACUAUCAAGGGAAAAUCCAUGCCAAAAGAUUAAAACUCUUGCUAGGAGUGCAGCCGACUUUAAAAGCCACCGAAACAAACCUGAGUUCUCUUAAGGAGCCGCAGGGGGACAGCUCUCCAGUAGUGUCUCCACCUCACCAGAGAAGAGAUUCUGACAGGUAUUGCCAGCUCUGUGCGGCUUGGUUUAACAACCCAAUGAUGGCACAGCAACACUAUGAUGGAAAAAAGCACAAAAAGAACGCAGCCAGGGCUGAUCUACUAGAGCAGCUAGGGAAGACAUUGGACCUAGGCGAGGUAAGAGGUCUGAAGCGGACAUAUACUUGCAACAUCUGUAACGUCACUCUAAACUCAAUAGAACAGUAUCACGCACACUUGAAGGGCUCAAAACAUCAGAACAAGUAA